AUUUCAUCUGCAUCUCUGCACUUUACUCGCCACGCACCAUGUCACGCCCGACACUGGCACAGCAGCUCAAGCAGCUCGGAGAAGAGCCAACUUCCAUUGACCCCGAGUCGGCGUACGCCUCGCUCGAUUCGCACGACCUCUCGCGAACCGGCGACGAGGGGCGGGAGCACUACCUCGAUGUCGGUCCGUCGAAGCUCCGCGCCGCCGCUGGCGCCGCUGCCACCCAGACGCUCCUUGGCGACAAGUACGGCGGCAAGACGAGCAGCCGGAUGAAGAUCUUUGACGACGAGGAUGACGAGGAAGACGACGAGGAGGAUGUGGGCGGAGGGUUUGAUGAUGAGGAUGAGGAGGAGGGCGAGGAAGACGAGGAUGAGGAUGAGGAUGACGAGGAGCUGGAUGAGGAUGAGGAGGAAGACGAGGAGGACGACGACGAGGAGGAGGACGCCCGCCCUGCACCAUCAGGACGUACCCUCGACCCCGUUGGAGCCUUGCGCGAGUCACGGUUGAAGGACAUUGAGAAGGGCCGCGCGAUCAAGCGCCAGAAGGACCUGUUCGACAACCUCGUCACUCUGCGUAUCACGUUCCAGAAGGCCCUCGGCGCAACCUUCAAGAUCCCCUCUAAGGGAGAGGAGCGCGACGACGAUCCGGCCGGCGAGAUUGAGGACAAGCGCGCCGAGACGCUCAAGUCGCUCGGCAAGCUCAGCGAGACCCUCUUCGCCCUUCGUGAGGGCAUCACCUUGCCUGGGGUCGAGGCGCCUCGGAAGCGCAAGCGCACCGAAGACGGUGAUGCAGAGGACGAGGAGUACUGGAAGGCAUCGGCUGCCGACUCGCUCGCUCUCGUUGACGCAACCCACCCCCAGCUCAUCCCCAUCCUCAACAAGUGGUCGACCAAGAUCCAGGCUGCGUCGCUGCAGCUCGGCGCGAAGCACGCCGGUGGAUCAAAGUUCCUCCAGUCGACGCGUGGCGCCACCGGCGUCGUCGAUGCGAUUGAUGCGUCGCUCCAGCAGCGCCGGGACGCCCCCAAGCCGCUCCUCGAGUCCGAGGAGGCAGGCUACCGUGCCCUUCUGCGCGAGGUCAUUGAGAGUCGACAGGGCUCCAGCGCCGUCGACCUCUCGCAUCACCGCCGUGAGAAGAAGAAGAAGCGCGAGGCGGAGCGCGGUGGCUCCAAGGGCCGCAAGUUGAGGUACACUGUGCACGACAAGGCUGUCAACUUUGUUGUCCCCAUUCCCCUCGAGGGAGGGUGGCACGAGGAGCAGGUCGAUGAGCUCUUCUCAAGCUUGUUUGGCGGAGUCGGCCUCGCUGGCGCCAUCUCGACCACGGCUGAGGAGCCGGCCAACGGCGGGCUGACCGACCUCGGCGGCCUCAAAGUGUUCUAAGCUGUGUAGCUCUUUGGUUCUCCUGCAUUGUCCCCACGUGUAAUAGCAUUCAUUCCAUCAUGCAUAGUUUUUGCCCACCA